AUGCAGUUCUCCCUUGCCAUCGCCGCCUCCGUGCUGGCCGCCACCGCCUCGGCUGCUCCCGCCGCCGUCUCAGGCACAAACACCAACGGCUCCAUCUUCAUGUUCGGAGACCCAGCUCCCGCUCGCAACCUUCUCUACAACUUUGGUGCUUGCGGCAUCAGCACCUACUUCCCUGGCCAGGUCCCCGACGACAUGCCCCUGGUUGCCAUGCCCGCCAACAUCUUCGACCAGUUCGGCUUUGCUCAGCACAACACUCUCUGUGCCAAGAUCAUCACCCUCACCCGAAACGGUGUUACUCGCCAGGCUGCUAUUGCGGACCGCAACCUCAGCAACACCAACUCCAUCGACAUGACCCUUGAUCUGUGGGAGGCCUUUGGUGGACACGACAACGACGGCAGUAUCAUUCCGGGCUUCAGCUACGUCAUUAACAACUAA